AUGGAGUUCGGACCAAUUUGCAUCUGCUACAAAGCGCUGCAAAUUCGAAUAAAAGUAUGGCUCCAUUUCAACCUACGCACCGAUGGUCUCGACUGUGGCGACGACGCGGCUGAAUUCUUCUCAAAAGCGAUUGACGAACCAGAUGUUCGUCUUCUUAUGUAUGUAGAUGGCCUGUUCACCGAAAGGACGUGUGUUACACAUCCUGACUGGUGGAACAAUAAUGUCCCUAAGAGGAAAGACAAUUGCGCCUACGCAGACCUAGCACCGUACAUGAUCACCACACAAGCGUUCUCUAGACGAACUCAAUACUAA